AUGUCUACAACAAAUAUUACUUUCAUAGCUGACUUGGAUGUAACAAGGGAUGAUUUGAGUAUCAAGGUUCGUGUGAUAAACCAUUGGAAGCAAAUGUCUUUCUACAACAAGAAUGAAAUAUGGUCCAUUGAAUUAAUCUUGGUCGAUGAACAAGGGAGCGAAAUACAAGCAUCGGUCCCUAAAAAAUUCCUCUAUCGAUUCAAAAAAUUUUUAAAAGAUGGGAAGUCAUAUUACAUCACAUCUCCAAGCUUUGCAUCUCUGAAGCCUAAUACUUUUAGGUUAAUUCCCCAAGAUCAAAAACUCACGUUUGUGCAGGAAACCGUUGUUAAAGAAUGUACCCAAUUUAGCGGGCCUAAAUUUGGUUUUUCUUUUGUUGAUUUUCAAUCUGUGCUGUCAAUGGUUCAUCCUCAAAAUUUGUCACUCGAUGUUAUUGGAUUGGUUGUUGCUGUUGGGGAAAUGGCAAGAGAAAGCACUGAUAAGUCCAAACACAAGAUUCACAUCUAUAUCCAGAAUGAAAAUGGUUUGGAAAUACGCUUGGUUUUGUGGGGUGAUUAUGCGUACCAAAUGCAAGAGUAUAUACAAGACAAUCCACACAAUCUUCAAAUCAUUGUUAUACUUCAGUUUGCGCAAAUUAAUGUUUGGAGAGAUCGCCCCAGUGUCAACACCUACUAUACAUCCUCAAGAUUGUUCAUUAACUCCGACAUAGAUGAAAUUUCUGUUUUCAAGAAAAGGUUACAAAGGGAUGAUCGUCCUGAUUCCUCUUCACAUACUUUUUCACUUAUUCCUGCCAACCAAGUUUUUGAAUAUGAUGACUUCAUGGUUAAAAAUAAGCUCAAGACUAUUUCUGAAGUUUGGGAACCAGUGGAGAUAUGUACAUUCAUUCUUGUGGGCACUAUAAAAGGAAUAUUACAAAAUGAAAAAUGGUUCUAUCAAGCGUGUACAAACUGCAGUAGCAAAGCAGUCCCUAACAAUGAUCAAGUAGAUGGAACAGCUAAAUCUUAUGAAUGUCAUAACGUAGAUUGCACAAAAACUACAACUUCUGUGGUUCCAAGAUAUAAGAUUCCGAUCCGUGUUCAAGAUAACACCGGCACUAUCACCUUAACUCUGUUUGAAAGAGAAGGAAGGUAUUUGUUGAAGAAAUCAGCCAAAGAGUUUUUUAACACCGCAGCCAAGAAUGGAAACAAUGUUGAUUUGUACCCAAUGGAGAUGAAUGCAUUGAAAGGGUUGAAAUUUGCCUUUAAGAUUUCUUCAAAUAGAUUCAAUGUGUCCAAAAAAACCAACCAAUAUGGUAUUGUUAGAAUUUCUGAUGAUGAGAGUUUAAUCGAACAACUUGAAGAUAAAUUUAAUUCUUCUAAAGCAGAUAAUUCACAGUCAUUAGAUGUUAAUUCAUCUGAUUUUCAAUCUCUUGACAACAAGACUUUAAAGGAUGCAAUUUCUGCUACGGAUGAUAACAUAACUCCCAACACUUUGGACAAAAACUCGGUAACAAGUCCACUGAAGAUUUCAACAACACCAGUUUUAAAGAGAAAUUUGCAAGAAGUUUUUGAUUUGGAGUCUAAUGAAAAUUUUUCAUCGUCAAAAACUCCAAAGACAUCCCCAGAUGGUCCAACAAAAGAAUUGUUGAAAGUAAAGGUGGAAAAGAAUGUCUGA